AUGGGAUCCCCGAUAUCACCCAUCAUCGCAAACAUCUUUAUGGAACACUUCGAGAAUGAAAUCCUGAAAAAGGCCCCACUAAAACCCUCCACAUGGUUCCGGUACGUGGACGACACCUUCGUCAUCUGGAACCACGGGAGGGAAACUCUACCUCAAUUCCUCACUUUCAUCAACUCCCAACAUCCCAACAUCCAAUUCACAAUGGAGACCGAACAAGAUUCCCAAAUCCCCUUCCUGGACGUCAUGGUCCGUAGGAACGAAAACGGCACCCUAAGCCACAACGUCUACCGCAAACCAACGCACACGGACCGAUACCUCCACGCAAACUCCCACCAUCACCCCGCCCAAAUGAAUUCGGUAAUCAGCUCUCUAGUCCACAGAGCACUCUCUAACUCGGAACCAACCGCCCUGGACGGAGAGCUAAACCACCUUCACCGAACCCUGACCAUGAACGGAUACAGCAGCAGAAACAUCAACCGUGCCAUCAAGAAGCUGACAAACAAGGAAUCCGGCCAGAACAACACCACGACGCCAGAGACAGAAAGAGAAGAUUAA